AUGCAAGGCAUCCGCCCUGAGGUGCGUGUCCCCAGCCCGGGACCACCAGUCCCGGCACCCCGCACCAGGCUGUCUCUACGUCCCACCAAUACAGGUGCUCCCGCCUGUCCGGCGCUACCAGAGUUUCCGCCCCUCAGUCCAGAGGCGCCAGAGCCCCUCAGUCCAGAGGCGCCAGAGCCCCUCAGUCCAGAGGCGCCAGAGCCCCUCUGUCCAGCGAAGCCAGAUUCUUCCUCCUCUCCAGCGCUGCCGGAGUCUCCCACCUGUCCGGCGCUGCCAGAGCUUCCGCCCCUCACGCUGCCGGAGUCUCCAGCCUGUCCGGCGCUGCCAGAGCUUCCGCCCCUCAGUCCAGAGGCGCCAGAGCCUCUCAGUCCAGCGGCGCCAGAGUCUCCCGUCUGUCCAGAGCUGCUAGAGUCUCCCGUCUGUCAUGAGCCGCCAGAGCCGCUAAUGCAGCAGCACGCGUGCUGUCCCUUUCACCUCACUGCCCACGGCCCUCUGGAGGUGGAGUACAUGUCACCCAGUGUGGCCAUGGCAGCACAGGACACUGCAGAGCGCAGGUUCUUCACCUGA